AUGAAUUCACUUGAUAAAUCACCUUUGUUCAAAUUUAUUAUCAUUGGAGAUGCAGGUAAUUUACAAUAAUCUAUAGUUUUUUAAGGAGUUGGAAAAUCAUGUUUAUUAAUGAGAUACAUGAAAGAUAAUUUUACUACAGAGUACAAUGUUACCAUUGGAGUAGAAUUCUUAUCUAAAAUUGUUAAUGUUGAUUAAAAUACUUAAGUGAAAUUAUAAAUAUGGGAUACUGCUGGUCAAGAAUCUUUUAGGUCUGUUGUCAGAUCAUUUUAUAGAAAAGUUGCUGCAGUUUUCUUAGUCUACAGUAUAACCAAGUAUUAUAUUCAAAUUCAUAUUUCUUAGUAAAUAAUCUCUUGAAAGACUCGAUUCAUGGUUAAAAGAAGCUAAGGAUCAUUCCUCUCCAUCUAUUAUUACAGUUUUAGUAGGUGCUUAAAAUGAUAGAGAAUCAGAGUAUAUUUCAUUAUUAAUACCAAUAGACGAGAAGUAUCAUAUGAGGAAGGUAAAUAUUGGAUGGAAACAAAUGGUAUUAAUUUCUUUUUUGAAACAUCUUCAAAAACAAGAGAAAAUGUUGAAGAGGUAUAGACUACUUAAAUAAUGAGGCAUUCACUGAAACAGCUAAAUUAGUAUUCUUGAAUCAUAUUAAUGGAGGUGCCAAUAAUGAAUCUAAAUUACCUGCUCUGAAUUAAACUGAUUUAAGUGUUAAGAAGCUUCAUCAACCAUAAGAAAAAUCUGAUAAAAAAAAUGAUGAAAACAAAAGUUGUUGUUGA